AUGGGCACAGAAGGGCAACCACAGCCUCUAGGGCUUGCAAGUCUCGGCCUUGCAUUCGGCCCUUUCGCUUUUGUUUUAGUCGCUUUUUUCCUUUAUGUUCCUAUCGUCCGUCCCCUUAAUAAUAUUUUUUUCCAUCCCCUUAGCAAGUAUCCCGGCCCCAAACUCUGGGCGGCUUCGCGGAUUCCCCACGCCUGCGCCGUUUUUAGUGGCCGUAGCCACCGCAAAAUGGUCGAGCUCCACCACCGCUACGGCGACAUCGUUAGGAUUGCACCUAACGAGCUUUCCUUCGCCCGUCCGGAUGCCUGGAAAAGCGUCAUGGGCUAUGUCAAACAGGGCCAGCCGGAAAAUGGGAAGGACCAUAUAGCGUACCACGAACAAAUGGGCAGUCUCAUUACCAUGGAGCGAACAAGGCACGGACAAAUACGUCGCAGUUUAAGCCACGGGUUUUCCGCCAAGCGUAUGUUUGAACAGCAGCCUUUAAUACAGAAAUACAUCGAUCUUUUGUUCGAAAAGCUCCACGCAAAUUCGGAAAACGGAACAAAAGCGCUCGACAUUACGGCGUGGUACAACUACACCACCUUUGACGUCAUCGGCGAUCUGACUUUUGGCGAAUCGUUCCACUGUCUUGAAAAUCUCGAUUUGCAUCCAUGGAUUAAAAUUAUCUUCAAGAGCAUCAAGGGAAUGAUACUCUUCAACGUCAGUCGGCACUUUUUCAGUUCCACAGACACUGUCGUUCGCAAGCUUUUCCCCUUCGUCGCGGCUGCUGGGGAGCAACAUGAAGCCCUAGUCUUCAACAAGGUGAGCAAACGACUGAAGAUGAAGGCAGACCGGCCCGACUUCAUGGACUCCAUGAGGCGUCAGGACAUCACGACCAUGACAAUGGACGAAAUAUGCAAAACGUCGAGCACCAUGAUCAUCGCCGGAUCCGAAACCACCGCCACCGUGCUUUCGUUCGCCACCUACCUCCUGUGCAAGCACCCCGAAAUUCAUGCCAAGGCAGUGGCUGAGGUCCGCGCGGCCUUCGCGACUGAGCAGGAGAUCGAUGCCGUGCGUGUGCAGCACCUAGAGUACCUCUUGGCCGUCCUGAACGAGACGAUGCUGUGCGGGGACUCUAUCCCGGGCGACAUUUUAUUAACCAUCUCCCAAUGGACCAUGUCCCACUAUGAAAAGAAUUUCACUCAGCCCGAAAUGUUUGUCCCGAGCCGGUGGCUGCCGACGGCGGACCCUGUUUUCAAGAACGAUAAAAAGGAUGCCUUUCAGCCUUUCUCCCACGGUAGCCGAGACUGCAUUGGUAAAAACUUAGCGUACACCGAGAUGCGAAUUAUCUUGGCCCGCAUGCUUUGGAACUUUGAUAUCCAGCUAGACGAGCGGAGCAAGAAUUGGGCCGAAGAUAUGCGUGUCUUUGGGUUGUGGGACAAGCCGCCCCAAUAUGUUCAUCUAAGGCCUCGUAAGGCUUAA